UCUAUUAUAUAUUUUCUUAAUGUAAGGUACCUUCAAUCGUUCAAAGAGCUAAGACAUUUCAGUUGAGGAGAUUUCUCUAUUGAAAUCAUGGGGGAUAGUAAUGCGAAAAAAGGCCCUAUACUCGGUGGUCUUACUUUGUCUUCUUUAAAAAAAAAUUAUCCUCUGAUACCAUUGUUCGUGGCUGUCGUAAUAGGUGUCGCAGGAGCUACAUUUUAUACAUGUCGUUUAGCUUUUCGUAAUCCUGAUGUUACGUGGUCUUUAAAGAAAAAUCCUGAGCCAUGGCAAGAAUAUCGCGAUAAACAAUACAAAUUCUACUCUACAGUGAAUUAUGACGAAUAUGCCAGCAAAGCACCUAAAUUCUAAAUAAUUUAUUAUGUAGUAUUGCUUUAGAUAUAACAAUAGAAACUGAAGAAACUUUCCAUAUAACUUCAUGUACUAUCACAACUAUGUAUAAAACUCAAUUGUAAUAUACAUAUAUAUAUAUAUAUAUAUA